UGCGUCGACUCCUCUUUGCCUCCUUCCUCCGGUCUGGCUACGUUCAGCACCUCUGGAGUCCGCCAGUGAGCUGGAGCGGGCUAUGCUACCCUCUUCCAGUGGAGGUGAGGUCGUUGACAAGAUCAUCCGUACCGAGGGAUGUUCCUCUCCGUGGGAGGAUUUACGAGGGAGCAGGUCUCAAAUGAAACGUCUGGGAUCUGGGGCGGCAGAUGACCUCCCCACACGAACGAUCGUCCAUUCGAUACCGGGGAUGUGGGUGCACUGUGGUGACCUUUAAACCACUUCCCUUCACUGUUCGUCCCAGCUUCCAGUGCCCCUUCGACGCCCAUUCUCCCUCCUGAUCCCAAUCCUGUUUCUUCAUCGUAUAACUUACCUUUCGACCGUUGAAUUUAACUAUGUCGACUGCGGAGGUCGAUACAGAGAAGGGCUCGACCACUGUGAUCGAGUCCUCGGACAGUCAAAAGACGAUAUCCUCCCGGAGGAUGUCCAAAGAGGACCAGGCGAUAGUGGAAGUGGAGCGCGAUGCGCCCGAGGUGCAGCAAGACGAGGUGCCGCUGUAUAACCCGCAUAUCGACGUGAGCGGCGUCGAUGAAAAGGCACUUCUCCGCAAAAUGGACUGGCAGCUUGUGCCAUGGUUGUCCUUCCUGUUUUUGCUGAGCUUCUUGGAUCGAACAAGCGUCGGUAAUGCAAAGUUGUAUGGGAUUGAACAAGCGUUGCAUAUCAACGACACGCAGUACCUCAUCGCACUUACUGUGUUUUUCAUCCCAUAUGCAUUCUUCGAGGUUCCAUCAAACAUUGUCUUGAAGAGGCUCAAACCAUCUUUCUGGCUGUCCUUCCUUAUGUUGGGAUGGGGCGUCAUAAUGACAAUACAGGGCCUUGUCCAUAAUUACGGGGGACUACUCAUAAUACGGUGGCUUCUAGGAGCCUUCGAAGCGGGGCUCUUCCCUGGAGUAACGUACUACCUGUCAUGCUGGUACAAACGUCAGGAAUUUGGCUUCCGCACUGCCGUCUUCUUCUCCGCUGCCACUAUCGCGGGAGCCUUCGGCGGUCUUCUCGCGGCUGGCCUUUCGCAGCUCGCGGGCGUCGGCGGCAAGGGCGGCUGGGCAUGGAUCUUCAUCAUCGAGGGGCUGGUCACCAUCGUCGCGGGCGUGCUCUCGUUCUUCAUCAUUCAGGACUUCCCCGACACCGCGCGCUUCCUCACUGAGGAGGAGCGCACGUUCGUCGUGCGCCGCCUCCAGGCGGACGGCCAGGUCAGCGCGACGGGCGAGAAGCUCAAGUGGCAGUAUGUCUGGCAGGCUCUGAUUGAUUGGAAGACGUGGCUCGGAAUGGCGCUGUAUAUGGGAAAUGAAGGACCUCUGUAUGCUAUUGCGCUGUUCAUGCCGAGCAUUAUCGACCAACUGGGUUACAGUGCGACGCCAGCCAAUCUGCUGACCGUGCCCGUGUAUGUUCUUGCGUGCUUCGUCACUUGCCUGGUCAGCUGGCUGGCCGACCGCUAUGGAGGACGAGGGUGGUGGAACAUUGGAUGCAUGCUCGUGGGCGGCACUGGUUUCAUCAUACUGAUCGCGUCGCGGAAUGCCGCCCUGUCAUACUUUGGAGUGUACCUUGCCGCAUGUGGGGUAUAUCCCUGCGUGCCGAACGUCAUCGCUUGGAUGUCCAACAACCUUGAAGGGUCGUAUAAGCGCGCAGUAUCGCUUGGUAUGAUCAUCAGCUGGGGCAACCUGAACGGUGCAGUCUCGUCAAACGUCUACCGCGCUCAAGACGCGCCGUGGUACACGCUCGGGCACGGGAUCUUGCUCAUCUACAUCGGCAUCUCGCUGAUCUGCAGCACGACGUUCAUCAUCCUCUUCGCGCGCGAGAACCGGAAGCGCGAGCGCGGAGAGCGCGACGAGGUGAUCAAGGGCGUGAACGAGGACCGCGACGACCUCGUGUGCAACGGCGUGUUCGCGAGCGUGGAGGAGGCGCGGAGGGAGAAGGGUGACACAUGGAGUGGGUUCCGCUACCGGUGGUGAGCGCGGAGAUGAGUUUAUGCACCUGUAUGCUGUAAGUGUGGUGGCACGCGGGCCCGGUGUAGGAGUAGUGAAGUGCAUGGCACUGCUGUUUGUACGAGUACUGAAUACGUAUAUAGGCGUCUGCGUGUAUCGCUAUCUAGAUACGCGAGCGCCCACCCCGCGA